AUGAUGCGCUUCUCUGUCCUCUGGAUUGUCGCCGUCAAGGGGGUGUUGUCGGCUGCCAAUAACAAGAGUGUGCCGCAGGCUUUUGCGUCUUCCGCUGACGGCCUGUACAAGCUCACCAGCGUCGAUGCGCCCGUCAAGGGAAGAAAUAGCGGGACCCCGGGGUUGAAUUUUGAAUGCGCCUUCAGCGUCGACGACACUCCCUCUGGCUACAGGCAGACCGUCCGGGGAUUCGGCGCAACCGUCACCGACGGAACCGUUGAGCUGUUCAACGAACUGUCCGAUCCCACGCGUUCUGCUCUCCUCGACGAGUUGCUGGCCGAGAGUGGCGCCAAGUUCAACAUGAUGCGCCACACCAUUGCCGCUUCGGAAAUGUCGCCAGAGCCCGCUUACACCUACGACGACGCCAACGGCACUGUCGACACGUCUUUCAAGCACUUCAACAUCAGCGAGCGCGGCCGCAACAUGGCACUUCUUCUAGCUGAGAUGACGGCCAAAGAGCCCGAGUUAACCAUCGUCGGGUCGUCGUGGAGCCCCCCGGCCUGGAUGAAGGAGAACGGUGGCCUCCGCGAAAACCUUUACAUGGGAAACAACGUUCUCAACCAGUCGUAUGCCACACAGUUUGCCCAGUACUUUGUAAGGUAUAUUCACGCCUACGGGGGCAGAAACGCCAAGGUCAAUGCCUUCACCAUCCAGAAUCAACCUCUCUACACCAGCGCUGGUGUCCCAUCGAUGAGCAUUUCGGCCGACGAGUCGGCAAAAUUGAUCCAGGAGGAUAUCGGCCCAACAUUGCAUGACGCAGGGCUCCAGACUGAGAUCUGGGCGUACGACGGCAACACCGACACACCGCAAUAUCCCCAGACAGUUCUCGAUGGCGCCUCCAAAUAUGUAAAAGCUGUUGCCUGGCAAUGCCACGCUGUCGCAGACAACAACUGGACUGCCUUGACAGACUUUCAUGACAAAAACAGCGAUAUCGAUCAGUACAUGACCAACUGCUGGACCUCGUCGACGGAUAAGUGGAGUCAAGCUGCAGACUUUACCAUUGGACCCCUCCUGAACUGGGGUAAAGGAGUCAUGGCCUGGGCGCUAGGUACCGACGACCAAAACGGGCCACAUCUCGACGGCCAGGGCGUGUGCGAGACGUGCCAUGGUCUGGUUGUAGUCGAUGUCGAGUCUGACACAUACGAGCUCCAGGUUGACUAUUACAUGAUGGCCCAGUUUAGCAAGUUCAUCCCCAAAGACUCUAUUGUGUUGAGCAGCAACGAUGAGACCUGUGACGAGGCUUGUGGCUUGCAAAAGAGCUUGGAAGCGGUGGUCACGCUCAGCCCGGACGGGUCCCGAGUAGCGGUGAUUGUGAACAAACUCGCAAACGAUACCCAUGUCACCCUUCACACAAAGGGCAACCAGACUUGGAGCGGUCUCGUCUACGGAGCAUCGGUGGUGACGUGGGUGCUGCCGGCGGUUGGGGCUUGAUUAGCUUCCAGGACUGAUGAUAUAAACCUAUAGAGUAGAAGAGAGCGAACCUCGCGAUGAUAGCUUGCCCAG